AUGGCAGGCCCGUAUUUAUCACCUUUAGGCCCUCAGGCUGACUUGCUUACCGAAUAUAUGUUUGGAAGACGUCGUCAGGUCAGUGUACGUUUCUUUUUCGCUUCGUUUUUUACUUUCAUUUUUCUUUAUAUUUUGACACGUUCGUGUGCUUCUAUUGUUGAAAAAAAAAAAAAAUAAUCCAUCACGUAGAACCAUUAUUUCCCCCAGCAAUCUGCUGCUCUUCUUUCGUUAUUAUAAUUCUUCCUUUCGUUAUCAACCCUUUGAGUAUCUAGAAUUUAAAAAAAAAAAAAGAAGUUAAAAAGUUUGAUACUGCAAAUUAAAAAUGCACGUACCUUUUGAUAUAUGUUUGUUCAAUAUAGUGUAAUACGUUAGCCUCUAAUGAGAGAUCUAAUUAUUUUAUUAUUGAUUAUAAGAUUACCUGUAAAAUAGCUUAAUACGGAUUAUACAUUCAAAGGAUUAAUAGACUACAGAUUUUUAUGCAAAUUUACAUUUUCGAAAAUAUAGUAAGAAAGCUUGGUACAAACGAAUAAAAAGAGUGAUUUAAUUUAGGAGCCGAUGCAAAUUUUCACUUGUUAUUAUUCCUUUAUAUAAGGAUCAGCUUUCAUUUGUAAUUUUUUUUCAAUCAAUUCACACUGCCAAUUCAAUUUCAUUUAUAAUUCUUUUUAAAUUCUUCAAUUUACAUUAUCAAAUUUCCCUUUCCAAUAUUGCGGCUGUGAAAUGAGAUUCCGAGGAUUCGUUUAAUAUAUAUCUUUCCAUUGAUGUGUCUUCCACCUAAUAUAGUUUCAUGAAAUUUCAAAUGAUCAAAGCUUUUAUCAAUUUACUGCAACUGGAAAAUAUUUUAGACACAAGCGGUGAUAUACAAAAUAAUAAAUGAAGCAAUAAACAUUUUGUGGUCAAUGAUUUGCACGUGAACAAUUUCUGUUAUUACAAAAAAAAAGAGUUUAAUUUAUCAAUCUAUAUUACGUUUACAUUCUAUUAUAAAUCAUUCAUUUAUGUCUUUUAGAAAAUUAUACUUGAUUUAUUUAUUUUGUGCCAGGAGUCUAAGUACUUUCACGCUCAAAUAUGUAAAAUGAUUUGUAGUUUGUAAAAUGUUGUACGUUGUAUUUUUAAAGAAUUACAAAUGAUUUAUCAUCGACAGAAAUAAUGUAAUAAUUAGCUACAAGUAUCUACAAGUGUUUUGUUAUUAUAUUGAUAGAUAAAGAUGAAGAUAUCUUCAUUUGUUUGUAAUAAAAUAGCAUAAUGUAAUAGACACAUCUGUUACACACUUAAUAGCAUAUUUAAAAUAUGCAUGAAAUUCUCUACUUUAUAAAUAAUCUACUGUGCGAGUUUUAUUAAACAUAAAAAUUAUUCGAACUACGAGCUAUUGUGGAAUUAACAGUGACAAUCAAUGUCAAAUACAUACAUAUGUAAUAAAUACUCGAGAUACAAAUAAAUUGUAGAAAAAGAUUGAAAAAUGAACGAAAGUAUUAUAUUUUAUUGACAAUUAUUUCUAUUAACUUAAUGCUUAUACAUUGUGUUUCUGAAAUAAAUAAUUGCAUUCAUUCGAUCACUUAUGAUUUUUAUCUUCCUAUCUAUCGAUGAAUUUUUCGCUAAAGUUUGAAGUAUUUUCUUAUUACACGUAGCUUUCGUGCAUGCUUUUUUUCUAUUCCUUAUCUACCAAACUUCUAAAACAAUCUUUAACUGCUACGUACAAAACGCAUGCAUAUUAAACAUUGCAUUAAUGCAUAAUGUACAUAAACAAGACAAAGUGAUUGGCACCUAGCGCUAGCUAUCAUCGUAUUAAAUAAUAAAUAAAAAAAUCUACUUAUUGAUAUUUAUUCAAUUUGAAUUUCAUGAUUUAUCUUAUCAAUAUCUAGAUGUAAUUACGUAUAAAAAUAUAUUUGAUCACAUAUGUAUCUAUAUUCAUUGGGUGAAAUAAAUUUAUAACAUCUUAUGUUCUUUUUAACAGUGAAGUGAAAUAAGAUGAGAUAAAACGAGAUAGAACUCUAAUCGUAGUUUCUAUGUAAUAGAUCUGGUUCUCUUCCUACUUUCUCGUAUUUAUUUACUAAAUGAUUCGAAGCUCUUUUUUAUAUUCUAAUAUUUAUGUUUAACUAUAUCAGUGAUAUUCUAAUUUCGCUUUUUAAAAAUAUAUUAUAUUCUUCUUUAUUUGGAAGAAAUUAUUUUUAUUACUUUCUAACGCAUAACAUAGGCACACUUGCAUAUAGAUAAUGAAGAGAAAUUCGACAAUGGGAAAAUUUAGAAAAGUUUAGCAACUCCCUGCAAAUUUUCAGUUCACGUAGUUAUGUACUAAUGACGGAAUAAUUCUUUUUUUUUUUUUUUCUUGCUCAAAGAAUGAUUCUAAGAAUGAAAAUGCCUCUCCAAAGAAUUUUUGAGUUUUUUAUGUUAUAUGAGUGUAUAGUGCUAUACGAAAUUAUACAAUGUAAAAUCCAUUAAAAUACGAGUUGAUAGAAUGUCAUGAUUAUAGAAUAGUCAGAAAUUUUUGAAUGGACGAAUGAGUUUCAAAAGAAACAGUAUAGUUCUCCAUAAACACGUCUGACAUCCAUUUGAUGCUUAUAGCAAAAUCCCAUCUUAAAUUUUAAGGAGGAUGUUGAAUUAUUAUUCUUUAGAAUCUACAUUGUGUCGCACAAAUAUUUUCAAUAAAUUUUGAUAAUUAUCGACCAUAAAUAGAUAGUACAAUUUUUAAUUUAACUUUUUUUCUAUAUAUAAUAUUUUAUAUAUCUUCUUUUUCUAAAGGGACGUUCAGAUCAUCAAUGAAUUGUCAGUAUUAUCAAUGUUUUACCGUUCUCAACAUUGAUCGUGUGAGAAUCCCUUACUUGAAUGUUGAUUAUCUUGAAAUAUUGGCAAUAUGCAAUAGAUAUAUUGAUAGAUAAAUUUGAAUGUUUCAUUACUUUAAAAUGUUAAAACUUCAGGAGCGUGCAGGAAACUGAUAAACUAAGAAAAAUUGUCUUUAAGAAAUUUGCUCAUCUUACGAGAAAAUUACGAAAAAAAGACACAAAAAGAGUUUCAUUUGUUACUUAUUUAUUCACAUUUGUUCUCUUACAUUAUCAUCUUAACUGUUCAAAAUGUUGGCCAUUUGCAGCAAUGCAAACAUUACAUCGAACAUUCUGAUUACAGUUAGAUAUUUUUCUGGUGAUAUUUUGGCAUUCACGAUAAUACAAAAAAGAUCAAAAUUUUUCUUAUCCCUAGGAAUACUUCUUUUGCCAGAAAAAAGGAUUAUUCCGUUAUUAUGAUGACGAUAAAACUGCAUUUAAUGCAAAGUUUCAAAUCCUUUUGAAUUUCUCAGUUCAAAUCUUCCUUCUAAGUUAAAGAGCAUGAGACACGUAUUUAAAUAUUUAGAUUUAUAUCGAAUAUAGUAAAUAUUUGAAUAUUAAUAUUACGGUAGUAUAAAUAUUAUAUUCAUUAAUGAAUUGUUUAUCAUAUCUGAGUAGAGACGCAAUCGGACAACUUUCACCCCACAACAACUUCAAGAAUUGGAGUCGCUGUUCCAGAAGACGCACUAUCCGGACGUUUUCCUGAGAGAGGAAGUCGCUCUUAGGAUCUCACUCUCAGAGGCUCGUGUUCAGAAUCGGCGAGCAAAGUGGCGGAAACAAGCACGACUGCAAUUGUUACAAGAUGCAUGGAGAAUGAGAUGCUUGGGAUUAGGAAGUGCAGCACCUCUUCUUUUAAGGCCGCCACCGACAGCAUCGUUGGAACGACCUGAUGCUGCAACACCACCACCGCCACCACCGCCACCUCCUCCACCUCCACCGCCUUCAGCUUCUGCUUCUACCAACGGACCAACUCUGACUAGCAAUGAUAAAAUACCUGACACUUCGACGUUAUCUGUUUGCAGAGAUUACAGAAUUCUUCCACCCCCUCACGGAUAUUCUUUGACCUGUGAAAAGUCUCCAGAGAGAAUGAAGUGUGGUUGUGGCUCUCCACCAAGAAUAUGCGGCAGUCCAGUAGAAAGAGAUAUCAAUUUAACUGUUAGAGAUAGGCCUCAAGAAGCUGAGAUGGAUCUCACUGUGAAGGGUCCACCUCGACACACACCGAUUGCUACUUUGUUCCAUCAGCUACCCCAACAAGAGCUCAGUCCUUCGCAAAAUGCUGACGAGCCUCUGGACGUUACACUUAAUGCUAACAAAAAUAAUUAA